CCGAGAAUCUUAGUCCUGAGGCCUGUGUCCGGGAUUUAAAACAAGAAAAAUAAUUAUGCAGAUGUCACCUCGUACUGGGAAAAAAACCCCUCUGAUCUGAUGCCCUUUGAUCAGGAGGACAGAGUGACAAGAGGAGCUUUGUGAUCAUGCGUCUAACAAGCGAGAGCAGAAUGAAAAAACAGGCCGAGGUUCAAGGAGCAUUUAGAAACCAGAGUUAAAGCAGGGUUUUUAAGCCCUAAGAGAUGUAGAAGCCUGCCGAUAUUUCCACUCACAAUGUCUGAAGUGAGAAUUGUGCUGCUGGGGGAAAACGUUCUCCUGGCCAACAGAGUGGGAAACUUCAUCCUGGGCAGAUCUGCAUUUGAGACUGAACUUCAUUUUUCUUCAGUAAAGCUGCACACUGAGAGAGCCAGUGGUCACGUGGCGGGAAGAACCAUCAUCAUCAUCAACACGCCUCAUCUCUAUAAUCCACAUCUCUCUCAGGAGGAACUGACUCAGAGAGUAAAGGAGUGCAUUUCUCUCGCUCAUCCUGGACCUCAUGUGUUUCUGUUAGUGCUUCAGUCAGAAAAAUUCACACAUGAGCAACACGACAGAGUCAGAAGCAUUUUGGAAACUUACAGCCCACUGUCUUGGAAACGCUCAAUAGUGAUAACUAUCGGUGAAGACCAUGGAUUCAUCAGUGAAUGUGAAUUUAGACACCACAGAAUUCAGAAUGUAUCUAAAUUCAAUAAACAUCAGGUCCUUCAGCUUUUGUGGAAAAUAGAUGCAGUGGUGAAGGAGACCGGGGGAAGUGCGCUACAAGAGAAGAAACACUCAGGAACACUGAGAAGACCUCAAGAACAUUUAAGUGAAAAAACAGUAAAGGAACAACUGGAGGAGAGUAAAGUGUCUGAUCUGAGGAUUAUUCUGUUGGGAAAAAGUCUCUCCGACACCGGCAGCGUGGGAAACUACAUCCUGGGCAGAUCUGCGUUUGGGACUGAAGGGUCUCAACAUUCAGUAUCACUUCAGUGUGGGAGAGUUAGAGGACAUGUGAAGGGAAGAACCAUCACCAUCGUCAAUGCACCUCAUCUUUUUCAACAAACCCUCUCGAGUCGUCAGCUCACACAGUGUAUUAAAGAGUGUGUGUCUCUGUCGGAUCCUGGACCUCAUGUGAUCAUGCUAAUUGUACAGCCAGAAGAUUUCACUGAAGCAGGCAAAAGAAGAGUGGAUCGCAUUCUUUCACAUCUGUCUGAGGAGGCUCAUAAUUACACCAUGGUGCUAACGACAAAGAACAUAGAAAUCAGCACCAGUGUAGAUCAAGAUCAGGAAACUGUCAUACAGGAGAUCAUUGCCAAAUGUAAUUACAGACAUUUAAAUUUCAGUGAAUGCAGCCAGGAUGCUCUUGUGAAGAAGAUGGAAGAGAUGGUCAAGGUGAAUAAAGGAAACCUUAUCUGUGAGGUAUAUGAAGAAGCUGACUCUGCAGUAGGCCAAAAACCAUCUGAGCAAUUCAGAGGCCAACUGGAAAAUCAAGAAACAGUAACACUGGGAGAGUAUUUUAAAACAAAAAUAAGAGGACUGUUUGGUCAAGCACGCACACAUCCCACAUGUGAUAAAAUUAAUCAAGGUGGAUUCAGUGUGAUAAAGAAGGAACACAGUGAAUUAAAACAUUUGAACCUAGUGCUGCUGGGAAUGGAAGAAUUAACAGCCUCAGUGUCUAAAAUAUUUUUGGGUAAAAAGUCCUCACUGGUCCAGUCAGAGUCCAGCUCCGAGUGUGUGGUAAGGAAGGGAGAAGUGUGUGGACACCUGAUAACGCUGGUGGAGAUGCCCGCUCUCUACAACACUCUGCUCUCAGAACAGGAAGUGAUGUGUCUGACUCGACACUGUGUCUCUGUCUGUGAUCCUGGAGUCCAUGUUUUCUUUAUCAUGGUUCCUGAAGGUCUCACUGAUGAAGAUAAAGCAGAAAUAAAGAUGAUUCAGAGGGUCUUCGGCUCCAGAAUUAAUGACCAUGUCAUAUUCCUCAUCAACCAGCAGUCGCAGAAGAAACAGAUAGAUCAGACUCUUCAGUCUGUGAUAAAGACACAUGGAGGACGAUCUAGAUUCUACAGCAGCAAAACAAAAGCAGAUGAUCUAUUUAUCUGUGUUAAAGAUCUUCUUAAAAACAACAACAAUCGUCCGUACACGAUGGCCAUGUACAAUGAUGCCCAGGUUGAAACACAGCUGCGGUACAAAAGAGAAAUUGAAAAUCUGCAACAACAAGUGACUGAACUCAAGAGGAGGACUCAAACAGAAGAUUUAUCAAAAAGCCCUGACGCUCUCAGAAUUGUGCUGUUGGGGAAGACAGGAGUUGGGAAGAGCGCAUCAGGAAACACCAUUCUGGGGAAAAACGUAUUUAAAGAAAUGAUGUCAUUUCAGUCAGUUACCACUGCGUGCCAGAAAGAGACAGAAGAGCUCGGUGGGAGACGGAUUACUGUGAUCGACACUCCAGGACUGUUUGACACAAAUAUCAAUAAUGAAGAAACCAAGAAAGAGAUUGUUAAAUGCAUAUCGAUGGCAGCACCUGGUCCUCACGUGUUACUGCUGGUGCUGAAAAUUGGACAACGCUACACCCAGGAGGAGAGAGAGGCAGUGAACAUCAUUGAAAAGACUUUUGAUAGAAAAUCUAACACAUACACCAUCGUACUCUUCACCUGGGGUGAUGUGCUUAAUGAACACCCAUUUGAACAGUAUAUGAAAACUGCUGGGCCAGAAUUAAACAAACUUCUGUCAGCCUGUGGUAAACGAUAUCAGGUGUUCAGCAACCGUGAUAAAUCCAGCAACACUCAGGUGUCAGAGCUCCUGGAUAAAAUCGACUCAAUGGUGAAGGUAAACGGCGGGGGCUGCUACACUAAUGAGAUGUUCCAGGAGGUCGAGGAAGCUCUAGAAGAAGAAAAGGAGAGAAUACUGAAAGAGAGAGAGGAGCAGAUAGAGAGAGAGAAAGAAGAACUGAAGACCAAACAUGAAACUGAAAUGGAGGACAUGAGGAGAGAGAUGCAGGAACAAAAAGAAAGACAAAAGGCAGAGGAGAGAAGAAAAGAGGAAGAAUUUCAACAGAGAGAAGAGCAAAUAAAAAGAGAUAUGGAAAAAAGGGAACAACAGGUAAGAGAGGACUUUCAGAAGAGAAGAGAAGACGAUGACAUGAAGAUGAAGGAAUGGAUGCAACAAAUAAACAGAGAGAGAGAGGAGAGCAAGAAACAGUGGGAGAGACAAAGACGGGAAGAUCAGAAACAGAGAGAUCAGGAGGAGGAGGAAAGGAAGAGGAAAGAACAAGAGUGGAAGGAGAAACAGACAGCGGAGAAUACAAAGUUUCAAAAAGAAAAAGAAGAGAUGAAAAUUCAAAAAGAAGAAGAAUUAAAGAAACUACAACAGGAGUAUGAACAGAAGGCAGCAGAAGAAGACAGGAGAAGAAGGGAUUUAGAAGAAAAGAUAAAGGAUGCAGAGGAAAGUAAAAAGAAGGAACUACGGGAUCUUCAGUUAUCUCAGCAACGAGAGUGGGAGCAGAGGAUGAAGGAGGAGGAGAGGAGAAACAAACAGCAGAAGGUCUGGGAGGAAAGAAUUGCUGCUAUGGAUAAGUGGAGUUUAGAGCAGAUUAGGAAGCAGAGGCAAUAUGAGUGGGAAAGACAGAAAGAAAAGGAGGAGAGAGAUUUAAGAGAGAAGGAAAGAAAAGAGAAAGAAGAACAAGAAAGGAAAAGAAUAGAAAAUGAAUUGAAUGAAAAGAUCAGAAAUAUGGAGGAACAGCUAAAGGCACAAAGAGAAAAAGAUGAGCGAGAAAGAAAGGAAAAGGAGGAAGAACUCAAAAAGGAAAUGGAGGAAAAACUACAGAAACAACAGGAAGAUUUCAGAAAGGAGAAAGAAGAAGAAGAAAGAAAACACAAGGAAGAGGAGGAGAGAAAUCUUGCCUUCAUUACAGAGCAACACAAGAAAGAACUGGAGACCCAGAAAGCACAGACAGAAGCAGCAGCCAGGAAACAGGCAGAGGAAGAAAUUAAAGCUCAACUUGAUGGAAAAAGUUAAAGAGGCAAAGCAUGAAGGGUUUGAAGCGGGCUGUGCACACGUCGAGUCAGAAAGAACAACACCAGGCAGAGUUGUGGAUUGAAUUGUUAAUGCUUGUUCCAAUAAGAAAAAAAAAAGAAAACUGAAUGAAAGCUUGUUUGAAAUUCAUUCAGACUUGAUGUUUUUUAAUCUACAUUUUUUAGUUAAUAUCAGUUUAUCAGUAGAUUAACAUGUGAUUUAUAUCAACAGCAUUAUGCUUUGUUUCAGGCCGGUUUGCCUCUAUUUUAAUUACAUUGUGAGUUUUUGUAACAUAAAAUUAGAUUCUGUAUUUUUUAAUAUAAAUAUCUUAUUUCUGUUUCUGCGGUUACUGAUCUACUGGGGUUUAAAUCUGAAGCACAACGACACAGUUACACUCCAUAUUCCUUUAUUUUACCUCCAAAUGGACCAUUAAUCAAUCAGAGAUGCACAACAUGGACAAAAGUCCCUGAAUAUACUGUAAUAUACAACCCCGAUUCCAAAAAAGUUGGGACAAAGUAAAAAUUGUAAAUAAAAACGGAAUGCAAUAAUUUACAAAUCUCAAAAACUGAUAUUGUAUUCACAAUAGAACAUAGACAACAUAUCAAAUGUCGAAAGUGAGACAUUUUGAAAUUUCAUGCCAAGUAUUGGCUCAUUUGAAAUUUCAUGACAGCAACACAUCUCAAAAAAGUUGGGACAGGGCAAUAAGAGGCUGGAAAAGUUAAAGGUACAAAAAAGGAACAGCUGGAGGACCAAAUUGCAACUCAUUAGGUCAAUUGGCAAUAGGUCAUUA